GCAAAAGCCAUGUUUGCUUUUGAAGAGAUUGAUGGAGUGGAUGUGUGUUUCUUUGGAAUGCAUGUACAGGAAUAUGGCUCAGAGUGUCCACAACCAAACACACGCAGAGUUUACAUCUCUUACUUGGACAGUGUUCAUUUCUUCCAGCCCCGUCACUUACGUACCUCUAUCUACCAUGAGAUCCUCAUUGGUUACUUAGAACAUGUUGGACAACAAGGGUAAUUGCUCUUUCUGUUUUAGUUUAAGCAGUCAUAUGAUGUAACUAUUGCCAGAUCAAAUGGAAAUUGGGAAACUGUUGUUGCCAUGAUGUAGCUGCUAACUGGUUUGCCAAGAAUUCUCACUUGGAGAUUAUAUUAAUUAAUCAUGACUAUAUAACAAAAUCAUCUAAUCUGAUUGGCUAUCAGCAGCCCUGAUUUUACCAUCAUCGGACAGUAUGCAUUACUCCUAAAAAAUUAGAGAGUACAUACCAUUCUUUGCACACACAUCAAUAAUUUUUUAUUUUCCUUUAGCAAAAAAUCUUAGAGGAUCUUGUGUUUGAAGCUUAAGCUUAAGUUGUGAUAAACUGGUAACAGAACUUUGUAUUGUCUAAUUUGGUCUGCAAUCACACCCUUGAGAAAACAAAUCAGACUCCCACCAUGUGGUCAUCGGAUUUUGCUGAUCAUGUGUAUGAUUACAGACCAAAUUUCACUCCUCUCGGUCCUAUUACCAGUAUUGAUAAAUUUUGUUUUAUUUUAUGAUUCACAAUUAUCACUGAAAGGCACUAAUCAAUCGGUAUUGCUAUAGCACAGAUCGAUUAUUAGAUUCUCUGACAUACUCAGUGAACCAUUUUAAACAAUUCUGAUAUGAAUUUCAUUAAAUUACCUUGUUACAGAUAUCAGAUGGCUCACAUAUGGGCUUGUCCACCUAGUGAAGGAGAUGACUACAUUUUUCAUUGCCAUCCUGUUGAGCAGAAAAUUCCUAAACACAAACGCCUUGUGGAAUGGUACAAGAAGAUGCUUGAUUUGGCUGUCAAAGAUCAUGUUGUCAUCGAGUAUAAGGUAAGCACUGUAAAGUGAAUUCCAAAGCUGCAUGUAGUUAGCUAUUUCUCUCACUGUAGGGACGUGAGUUAGUGUCCUCAUUAGUAAGAGUCCGUAAUAGCAGGAGUUUAUUUCUGUCAAAUGCCAGCAAUUUAUUUGUGCCUGAGAUUUAGCCAGUGUCCGUAUUAUCAGGGUGUCCACAAGAUGAGAGUUGAAUGUAACAGUUUUCUGUUGCAAAGUUGUCCGUUGUUUUAGAAAAUCCUGCUUCAGUUUGGACAUAAUGACUUGGCAGAUCAUACAUUAGGGAAAUUAAGAUCGGACGAUAGCAACGGCAGUGACAACGUAUGAAAAUCAAAAGGUUUAAUAAGCAAAACAACAACUCUGCAUGUGCUUCAUACUUUUUUGUACAUUUCUUUGUCUUCACUGCAUGCAAAAAUGCCUAAUUUCACAUAUUAUGGAGGACUUAAACAAGCGAUAAAAAAUUUUCUUUCUCUUUCUGACCUAGGACAUUCCUUAGGAAUAGACCUUUUUACCUUUUUCUAGUUUAGUAUUAGAAAUAUGGUCUUUCACUGCAUAUUUCUCGGGAAAAAGGCAAUCAUUAUUACAUCCAAACACGGCGCAAGGAUCUUUUUUCCCAUUACAUUUUUCCAUUUAUUCUAAGAAAACUUUAAGAAAAAAUGUCCCGAAAAGCGCUCGAAAAUACAAACUAAAUGUGCUCAUGCCCCCUGGGCAUCCUAUAAUACUCCUUAAAUCGAAUUAAUUCAAUAUGGCUGCCUUAUUGGUAAAAAGGUCUAUUCAACUCUAGGGGGGUUUACCUACAUUUGACAGUGUAAGCAAGUUGGAGUAAUUGAAGUGAAGAUUGAAAAAAUGUGAAUGAGCUUUUUAAGUGAUCUGCCAUGGUCAUCCUCAGUUCUUGAGCUCCCCAUUGAGUGUCAGAACUUAAUGUUUUGUUUUAUCAUUCUGGGCCCAGUUGUUCGAACGCCGGUUAGCGCUAACCUGGGGUUAAAUAUUAACCCGGGUUUCUUUUUCAUGUUAUCAAAAGCACUUUCUCGGAUAAUUUUCUCUAUUCUUUUUAGAGUAUCCAAUCAUUAAAUUGUAGGUGAAGAGAAUUAAACUGAAUUUGCAUUUUAAGCUCUCAUAUCUGAGUUCAAAUUUUGCAGUAACCCUGGGUUAUCUUAACCCAGCUUCGAACAACCCGGCCCUGGUGGAUUCCAGUGUAUGCCUGUAGUUUCAAUUCAUGAAAAGGUGUCAAAGCUCAAAGUAACUCUCUGAUGGUGGUCAGACACGAUGACCGGCAAAAUAAAUUUUUACCCUUAUUUCUGACCGGUCAAAAUAUCAGGUUGGAAAAAAGGUGUCUAGCCUGUGCAUAAUUUUCUAUUUGUGAACGUGAUUGUAUUUUUACAGAGACAAAUCUAAGAUUUACAUUUGAGGAUUUUGUUAUUUUUUUUAAGAAUGAGAGUGUGGGUGACCGGUCAACAUAAGCAGGGAGUGAAGUUGUUGGCCAGUCAAGUUACCAUUCUGGUCGGACAUUGUCUGCUGAGUGUCCAGAAGGGAACCUUCUUGCAGGCCUCUGAAGGCAUGUUUCUAAGAUUGACUGCCAAAGCCUUUUUGCUAAGUAUUGUCAUUGCUUUUGUAGGACAUUCUUAGACAAGCUAAUGAUGAUGGAUUGAAAACCGCCAAAGAAUUACCAUACUUUGAUGGAGACUUCUGGCCAAAUGCUUUGGAAGACAGCAUCAAAGAGCUUGACCAAGAAGAGGAGGAAAGAAAAACAGCUGCUGCUGCUGCUGCUGCUGAGACUGCCAGUAAAGAGGUAUAGAUCUCACAUUUGAUUCUGGUAGAGUUUAUAAGAACUAACAGGGCACAUGCCUUCCCAACAAAACGACUUAUUAGUUAGGCAUGGAACCAAAUACAGUUUAAGGAAUCAAUUAUGUUUCAACAUACCACCCCAAAGACAGAGAUGUCAAGAAGUCUGUUUAAUAUACGAGUGCUUAUCUGUGGAACAAUUCAGAUAAUGAUAUGGGAAAAAUUACUUGUUUAGAAAAUUUUAAACACUCUGUUAAGAAAUUGCCUUCUGGAUGUUAUGCAUUGUAAUUUUUUAAGAACUAUUGGUAGUUUUUAAUCCCUUUUUAGCUUUUUUAUUUUUAAUUCUUAAUUUUAUAAAUAGUUCUUGCCACCUUCUGAUUUUUCAUACGACCACAUCAGCGUUGCUGUAGUCUUAUGGUGUAUGAGUGAAUGCUUUCCUUACUUGCAGAGGCGUUAGUGAAAUUAUUUGAAGUAAAUUGCUCUCAAGUUGACUCUUAUCAUUGUUUGUGUUUAGAAUUUUAUUUUGAACGCUGCAACUAAUGACUUUGGCAGAAGGAAACUUCUCCUGGGUUUUCAUGGAUGUUAUGUGUGAUUGCUUAUAAGUUUAUUAGUAUAGGUAAUAGCAUGAUUUGUAGUGAUAUUUGGAAUAAAUACCACAAGUGAUAUUUCAAAAUUGUUAGACGUAAUUUCACUCGCCUGACGGCUCGUGAAAUUUGAGACAAUUUUGAAAUAUCACGAGUGGUAUUUAUGCCAAAUAUUACGUACAAAUCAUGCUAUUAUUUGUUUAUACUACUACCUGCAAAAGGUUUGUAAUUUUCACAUGUAGUUAUUUCAAAUUAAGUUGAAAUACCACUGCUCUAAGUCAAUCAAAUUUCAGAAAUUUCUAAUGUAGUAGUAUAAUAGGAUAAAUGCUUGAAAGUAGUUUGGAACUAAAGUGGCCUCUUGGCAUGGUUCAACCAAAUAAUUGUCACUAAGACAAUACGCUUUUUCAGGAAUAUAUUUUAUUAAAUUAAACUCUCUACUUCUAGGGAACACCAGGAAGCAAGAAUAAGGGGAGCAACAAACGUAGUAACAACAAAAAGGGCACAAAAAGCAAAGCAAACAACCGUAAGAACCCAAAGAAGCCUAACGGUUCAGUCAAUGGGUUGUGUGAUUUAUCACAAAGAUUGUACAGUACCAUGGAGAAACACAGAGAGGUGAGAUUUGUAAAUUUGCAAUUUUAAUCGCAAGUUCUCUUUCUGUGGGUUGUUUGAAUAUGGCAUGUACGGUAUUUCUUACGAAUUUUGCUCAGAUUUGUUAUUAAUUAUAUGGCUAUUUCGUUUUGAUCAUUAUGCAUCAGUGGAGGGCUGGCUGCAUGUGGAUUUGGUACAGUAAUAAUUGUGCUUGUUGGACCGUUUUGAUGGGAUUUAUGAAUGAAAGGAUAUAUCUUUCAGACAUACUCCAGUGUCAUAAACGAGUAAGGAGCACUUUCUUAAGUAACUCGUUUUUCGCUAAUAAUACUCUGUUUGUCUCACUUGCAGGUGUUCUUUGUUAUUCAAUUAAAUGGCCGUAAGACUCCCGAGACUAGUGACCCUGAUGGCUUAAUGAGCUGUGACAUCAUGGAUGGCAGAGAUGCAUUCUUGACACUUGCUCGUGAGAAGCAUUAUGAGUUCUCAUCACUUCGAAGAGCCGUGUAUUCUACCAUGGCUAUGUUGGUUGAGCUGCAUAAUCAAGGCCAGGACCGGUUUGUCUACACGUGCAACAUUUGCAGAAGACCCGUGGAAACACGAUAUCACUGCAACGAAUGCGACGUAAGUAGGGUUCAGUGUUACGGUUCAGUCUAAUAAUGAAUCGAAGCAAGGCUUAUCACUACCGUUGGAUGAUAAACAUCAUUUCGUUUAUUUUUAUUUCAGUUCAUGGCAACUAAUAAUAAUAAUUUAAAAAAAAAGAAAAAAAGAAAAAAUAAUAACAAGAAAAUUUUAAAAAGAGGGGAAAAAAAGCCAUUGGAGUUGCGAAAAAGAGCCAGAGAACCCAUACAGGGCACAACACCAUCGGUACUAUCUACAUAAAAAUAUUAUGCUAAUAUUAAUAUUAUGUCCUAUAUACAGUUAAAAAUACAAAAUAUUCAAGCGCAGUGUGACAAAUCAACUAGAUGCGACAGUUCCAUCGACAGACUGAAGAUCACUAAGCCAGCCCAAAUACCCCGCAACACCACGCCUAAAUGAGUGUUAAUCGUGACUAAAGCGAACUUCACACGGGAGACAGUCCAGCUAUCCACAAUUCUGUGAAAAUAUGAAUUUUUAAAACUGCAAUACUCGUCACAAAUCGUUGAAACAGAAGCCAUUUGUCUUGAAUUUUCUCCAAAUUUUCAAACAUUCACUCCUGACACCUUCGUUCUCACUCAAAUAUGCCCCUCUCCUUCCCCAAUGUUGAGCCACGCGUAUGUUGGAGCACUGAGACGACUGUAAACCCAAAUCAACAUUGGGGAAGGAGAAAAUCACACAAGUGUUUCAAGAUUUGUGACGAGUAUUGUCUUUGCGUUGGGAGGGCGUGGACGCGUAACAAAAUGUAUGAAGGGCAACUAUUUCCACCUUUAGUGUUAACAAUGUCAUGAUGAGUAUUCUUGUUGUUACUGUUCUAGAUGUUAAGUCGGACUAAUAAUUAUAUUAUAUAGCUUGUAUGCAUACUUUUUAUUAUGAAUGAUUUCAACGUACAUUUCUCCAAACGACUUCAGUGAAAAGGCACUUCCUAAAAGUACAUCGGGAUUGGACAAGGGGUGCAUAUAAUAAAACUGCAUAAUAGAAACUGAACGUAGAAUGAUAAUAUUUGCUGCACAUAAACUGACUUGCAAGCUGCAAAAAGCAUUUUUUGUAUUUAUUAGUAUGUCCCAACUGCAUUUGUUGUGUAAACAUUGUGUAGACUGAAAAGCGUUGAAAUAGAUGUUUAGGCUCCAACAAUUUGGUAGACAAUGACAUUUUGAACCCAGUUUGAACAUCUAAACGUUUCAAUAUUUGCCUUCUAUCAUUCGCCUUAUUCUUUCCACUGCUAGGUAUUGAGAAUGACGCAAGUGAUUUUGUUGGUUUGUUUGUUUUUUAUCCCAGGAUUAUGACCUCUGUGUGCCUUGCUACAACGAGAAAGGUCAUGACCAUAAGAUGGAAAAGCUUGGAUUGGACUUGGAUGUAGAUCAACAACAAGAGCAAGGUGGUGAAAAAGAACGGCCACAGCUUAGUGCACAGGAGGAACGAAGGUUAAAGAUCCAGCGCUGCAUACAGAGCUUAGUGCAUGCCACUCACUGCAGAGACCCCACAUGUCAACUUGCAAGUUGUGCUAAGAUGAAGCGUGUUGUGGAACACACUAAAACUUGCAAGCGAAAAACGGGCGGUGGAUGCCGAAUUUGUCAAGAGCUUAUUCAUCUUUGUUGUUAUCACGCAAAGCACUGUUUAGAAAGGGAGUGUGUAGUACCGUUCUGUCGGCAUAUCAAACUCAAGCUCAGACAACAACAGACGCAGCAGAGGUUUGCUCAGUCUCAGACUCUUCGUCGUCGUAUGGCCAUGAUGCAGCGUCAAAGCAUGCAACCUCCACCUCAAAUGCCAGGUCAACCCAUGCCUCCUAACAUGCCCAGUGCUGGAAACAUGGGACAGUCUCAUCCGGCACUACAGCAUCCCCAGCAGCCACCUCCUUAUCAGCCACCUGCCAUGCCUCAGAAACCUGUUAUGAAUGGCCCUCCCCCACGUGCAGUGGAAGCUGCCCAGAAGAUCGCACAGGCUGCUACUAUGCAAGCUAUGCCUAUGGGAAUGCAAGGGCGUAAUGUAUCGUUACCUCAACAGGGCUUUGCACAGCAGCAGCCUUCGAAUAUGGCACCAUCUAGACCAAUGGCACCACCUUCAAUGAGGCAACAGAAUCCAGCUCUAAUGCAACCGAAUAUGGGGCAGAACCUAGCCCAAGGGAUGCCUCCUCAGGGAAUGCUACCACAGAACAUGCCCCAGGCUAUGCAGCAACCUAUUCCACAACAAAUGCAACCCACGACUGGAGCGCCAAGCAAUCCUGGCAUGAAUCAGGCCACUUACGAGUGGUUCCAAAAACAGCAAAUAAACCACCCCAAUGCAAUGAUGCCUGGUGUACAGCAACAGUUCCCUCAAAUGCAGCCCGGCCAACAAGGGGUCCCAUCUGUUGUACCCCAGCAGAACAGACCUAACGUACCACUUCCGCUGCAGCAGUUGUUGCAAACGUUGAAGAGUCCAAGUAGCCCUCAGCAGCAGGCUAAAGUGUUUCAAAUUCUGAAACAACAUCCUCAGUUGAUGCAAGCGCUUGUUAAACAGCGACAAUAUGGACAGCAACAACAACAGCAGCAACAGCAGGGAAUGCCUCCUGGUAUGCAACAAGGACUGCAACAAGGGAUGCAACAGAGCAUACAGCAAAACAUGCAGCAAGGAAUGCAACAGGGAAUGCAACAACCUAUGCAACCCAACAUACAACAGGCUAUGCAGCACAACAUCCAAGGAAUGCAGCAACAGGCGUUGCAACAAAAUGUACCACAGGGAAUGCAGGGUAUGCAACAAGGAAUGCAGAACCCCAUGCAGCAGGGAAUGCACCCAGGCAUGCCAAGUGGCGUUUCACAGAAUAUGCAGCAUGCCAUGCAGAAUCCUAUGCAACAAAUGCCAAUAGUGUCUCAAGCCACUGUCAGUCAACAGCAACAGUGGCUAAGAAUACUUCAGCAGCAACAACAACAACAGCAGCAAGCGCAGCAACAACAGCAGCAGCAGCAGCAGAAUAUGUUCCAACAGCCACAGGUCUCUCCUUUUUCUCAAAUGAAUGCAAUGAGAAGGGGCCAGGUUCAAAGUCAACUGACCACCUCACAAGCGGGGAUGGUGCAUCCACACAACGGCCAAACACAGGCAUCCCUACAACAGCACUUCCAGGCUAAACAGCCACAGUUUGCUUCACAUCUCAUGUCUCCACAAUCGGCUAACCCAAUGUCACCACAACAGGGCAUACACCCAUCACAGUCACCUCGACCAGUCAUGUCUCCACAACCACAUACAACGGGAGCGUCACCUCGACAGCAGCCCACCAUGUCACCGCAUCCACAACAAACAACCCUCACGUCCCCUCGACCCAUACCCUCACCUCACCAAGCGGCCACGCCUCAAAUGGACAGCCAAUUAAUGGAUAAACCGCUGUUUAGUACGGCGAGAAUAUCUCUUCCUCCGAUCCAGACCCCAACCGACCCAGACCUAUCAAUUGGUCAGGAAGAUUCUCCGCUGACGCCUCAGGAUCAGUUGACUAAAUAUGUCGAAAAUUUAUAA